UAUGGGUUGUGCCAUCACCUCUGCUGUGUUUGGAGGAAUAAUAAUCAUCUGUUUCAGUAUUUCUAUUGCAAUGUAUCGUACUUCUCCUUGGUAUGAAGAUGAUUUUUAUCAGCGCUACUGGUACAACUAUGAUGCAGAAAUGGCUGUUACAGUAAUCACAUUGAUUCUUGGUAUUGUUGAGUUUGGCAUUGGAAUCUGGGCUGCAGUUCUGUGCUGUAAUAUGAAUGCUUGCCAGUGCUGUGCUGUUCAAGGAGGCCAGGCACCCUCAAUGGUUUAUGUGAGCAACCAAGGCAUGGUGUAUGGUGCUGGGGGUGCUCCCAUGGGAAUUCCUGUGCAAACAGCAGGUGGUGUGGUAAUGGUUCCAGUAUCCUCUUCAGGGGGUGUAGGAGGCCAUCCUCAAACAGUUCAAAUGCCAGGAGGUGGUGUAAUGCAAGUAGUCACUCAGCCACAAAUGUACCAAGCCCCUUUAUCUGGGGCUGUGAGCAUGCAGCCUCAAAUGAUCCAGGUGCCAACAUCUGGAGCUGGGGCUGUGAGCAUGCAGCCCCAAAUGGUCCAGGUACCAACAUCUGGAGCUCAGGGAGGUCCAGCUCCAAUGGUCCAGGUUCCACCAACAGGAAAUCCCCAAGGA